GAAGUAACUUCCAGGUCCUUACACCCAGAAUGUCCCCCAGGCUGGGAGACAGGAAUUCACACCUCAAGACAAUCUUUGUCACCAGCCUUCUCUCAACCAGUUCUCAGGAGGAAACAAAGAAGGAAUCUCCACCUCCGCUGAGGUUUCAAUUUCUAUGAGCAGGAAUUUGCCAGGCUUAGUUUCACUUUCCACUUUCAGUUUCUAAUCUUCAAUUGCAAGGACACAUCUGCAGAUUACAUCAUCUGUUCCUUAUAAAUCCCUGUCCUGGGGUUCCAAUUUAUGAGCAUAUCUACAGACAGACCACCAGAUCUCUGAGAAGCCCACCAAACUGAAAACACUGCAGAACUGCAGCCUCAUUCACAGCAACCAUGAGUGAGAACACUGAUGAGAUCCAGGACAGGCUGUGGCAGUUGAGAUGUCAUUUCACGUGGGAUCUGCAAUUUGAAGACAGUGAAAUACCGAAUUUAGAAAGCAGGAUCUUGGAACAGAUUGAGUUCCUAGACACGAAAAACAAUGUGGGGAUUCACAACCUCCUGGCCUAUGUGAAGCAUGUGAAAGGCCAGGAUGAGAAAGCCCUGCAGAGCUUGAGAGAAGCUGAAGACUUGGUCCAGAGGGAGCACGCAGACCAGGCAGACCUGAGGAGCCUGGUGACCUGGGGCAACUGUGCCUGGGUGUAUCACCACAUGGGCAGAUUGGCAGAAGCCCAGACUUACCUGGACAAGGUGGAGGACACUUGCAAGAAGUUCGCAAGUCCCUCCUGCUACAGGCUGGAGUCUCCUGAGAUGGAGUGUGAGGAAGGAUGGGCCUUGCUGAAGUGUGGGAGAAAGAAUUAUGAGCGGGCCAAGGCCUGCUUUGAAAGGGCUCUGGCAGUGGAGCCUGAAAACCCUGAAUUCUAUGCGGGGUUUGCCAUCACUGUCUACCGCCUGAAUUACAAUAAUGUAAUUUCUCUUGGCCCCCUGAGAAAGGCUGUCCAGCUAAAUCCAGAUAAUACAUAUGUUAAGGUUCUCCUUGCCCUGAAGCUCCAGGAUAUAGGACAGGAAACUGAGGGAGAACACUACAUUGAGGAAGCUCUGAACAAUACCUCCUCCCAGACCUAUGUCUUUCGAUAUGCGAGCAAGUUUUACCGAAGAAAAGGCUGUGUGGAUAAAGCUAUUCAGUUCUCGGCGAAGGCCUUGCAGUCAACACCCAACUCUGCCUUCCUGCAUCACCAGAUGGGGCUUUGCUACAGGGCAAAACUGUUCCAAAUAAAGCAAGCUAAAAACAUGCAGGAUAGAGAACAUGUGGACAGAAUAGUAAGAUUAGUCAUAUUUCAUUUUGAAUUUGCUCUGCAACAAAAGCCCACAUUUGCUCUUGCUCUUCUGCACUUGGCACGUAUGUAUGUUGAAGCAAAGGAUUACAGAAAAGCCGAAGACAGCUAUCAAAAAUUGUUAUUGAUGGAAACAGAUGAGGAUCAAGUACUGGUAGAUGCACAUUUCUACUAUGGCCAAUUUCAGGAAUUUCAAAAGAAAUCUGAAGAUGAUGCAAUUAGGCAUUACUUAAAAGCAAUAAAAACAGAAAAAGAAUCACAUUCAAGGAAUCAAAGUAUGAAGUCUUUGGAGAAAUUGGCCUUGAAGAAACUUCAGAGAAAUGCAUUUGACCUGGAAGGCUUGAGCCUUGUUGGUUUUGUCUACAAAUUGAAAGGAAAAAUAAAUGAAGCCCUGGAUUACUAUGAACGGGCCCUGAGCCUGGCUGCUGGUUCUGAGAAAACUGUGGGACAUGGUCCUUAGGCACUGAAUAUCAGCCACUUUCACAUUUUAUUCUCUUUUAGGUUAAUAUGUACUAUAAUCAUCUAUUCUGUUUGCUGCUUUCAGAAACAUUCUGUGUAAUUCAUUGUAAUGAUGUAAUUUUUAAACAAUUACUCAAAACCUAAUAUAACCUUAAACAGACUUAAAUUGUAUUUAGAAAAUGGUGAAACACAAUGUUUGUGUGUGUGAGUGUGUGUGUGUGUAGAGGGGGGGGAGACAACAUUUGUGUGAAUGCUAUUUAGUAAAAUAAAAGUUUACUGAGCAGAUUGGUAGCAAGUAAAGACACUGAACUUGCAUACACAACAUGUUUAAUUAAUUCAUUUUAUCAACAAGUAGUUUAUAGUAAUAUAUACCAAAAAUACUAAGGUGAACAGCAAAUGCUUUUCCUGAACUUCAUGCAGUUUAUGAUCUAGUCAAAGAAACAGGUACAUAAUUAAAAGUGGACUUUCUCCAUAUUUCAGGUUUAAUUUACUAUCAAAUUGUCCCAGGGAGUUUCUCUUGUACUAUGCCAUUUUAUUUGAAGCACUAUUUAAGUUACUUACUGAUAAUCUAUUGAUCUAAGUCAAGAAAUAUGAAAAGGAGGUAAAACAAUUUGAUAGCAGAGCUCACUGAUGCAAAACAAAUCUCAGGAUUGCAUAAUAUGUUGUUCAAGGUAGGUUUGACCAUUUCCAAGUAGCACACUUAGAUAAUGUCUUUUUGUUAACUCAACAGCACCUCUCUUUUUCAUUCUUCUCAAUUCUGGAAGAGGUAUUUGCACUUCUCGGUGCUGAAUAAUACUACAGUGUGAUACAGUCUGGAUGUUUUCCAGAGAAAAACAACACAUAGCAAAUCCUGAAACUUAGGUGCUCUUUUGUAUUGAAAAUACUACUGACAAACUUAUACAUGAGCAUCUCUAGGCAUUACCAAGAAGUCUGUUUAAGUUGGCAACUGAAUUUUAGGAACUUAUUACUUCCAAAUAAAUGACUGACAGAUCCUCAGUUGGUACUCUUAUUUAGAUUGACUCCUGAGGUGCCCAAGCCCAGGCCUUUGCUAAUUGCUUUCACUGUAGGAUCCAGUCCAUUGUGGACCACUCUAGCCACCAGUGUAUUCCAUUCUCAUGAACUGCUUCAGGAAUCAGUCUACCCUACAACCUCCUCCAACUAGUAUUACCUACUCUAUUCAUCCAUUUUCUGUUACUAUGACAAAAUAUUUGAGGCUAGGUAAGUUAUAAAGAAAAUAGAUCUACUUAGCUCACAGUUUUGGAGGCUGAAAAUUCAAAUAGGAUAGCAUAGGCUCUAACAAGGUCAUCCCCCCCCCCAAAAAAAAAAAAACUGUACCAUGUCAGGGUGUAUGAUAUGAUGGAGUACACAGAUAAGGAAGCAAUCACACAGCCAGACAGGAAGUCAGAGAGGGAAGAGGGGUCAUUUUUACAACCUCUCACUAGGCACUACCUCUUGAAGCUUCCACCACCUGUUAACAUCACCAUGCUGGGGACAUACUCACAAACCAUAUUCAAACCUUAACCCCCAUCAUCAGCCUAUGGUCACAGCUAUGUGCCUUGCUCCAACUAAACCAAAUGUGAUGGCAACCACUUCCACCCUGAAGUUCCAUGCUAAAGGACAUACUCCUUGAAACCUCCACUUUUACUUAGGCCUCUUCCUCCUAAAUAUCAAUAUAUGCCCAACAUCUCCUGAUCUGUAUUCAUUUUUCCUCUCUGACCUGAAGUCUGCCUCAGAUCACUUGCAGGCAGUAUAAUUAUUUUUAAUUAGAAAUAUAAAUGAUGGUAUUAUUUACAGCAGGGAUUCUCAAC